AUGCAUCUUCCAUGGGUUCUCCUUUUACUCUCAAUAGGUGUCACCAUAUUGGUUGGCACCGACGCUUCAAUAACACCAACAACCAUGUUCACAACCACAAACACCACAAAACCCGGUUGCCAACGAAAAUGUGGCAACUUAACCAUCCCAUACCCAUUUGGUAUUGGCAAUGGUUGCUACUUUAGGGAUGUAUUUGCCAUCAGAUGCAACACCUCUUACAACCCUCCAAAAGCCUUCGCUUUGACAGGGUUUGAUCCUGAUGAAAUAUACCCAGAAAUCUUGGAGAUGACCGAAAACCAAGUAAUUAUCCGGAAUACUGCGGUAACUUCACGUUGCUAUGAUUCCCGGGGAAUAGAGACCUCUUAUAUUGAAGGGUCCUUGGGUAUGCAAGGAUCUCCCUAUAGCGUAUCUAAUACAAACAAGCUCACGGUCAUUGGUUGUGAUGAAUACGCACUAAUUUCCGGUUCUACAGAGAUUACGAAUGAUGAAAAGGCUGGUUGUAUUGCACUGUGCAAUUUAGAGGUGGACCAAGUGGUGACCCAAGGUUCUUGUUUGGGCUCAGGUUGUUGCCAGACGUCUGUCUUAACUGGCUGGCAAGGUUUCCAUAUUACACUAACCAGCUUGGAUGGACGUCGCUCAUUUACUAACCAGUCUUGCAGCUAUGCCUUCUUUGCUCGAAACGGCAGCUUCGUCUUUGGUGGGGCUUCUGAUUUGACAAGCAAUACUAGUGUUGUGCUGAACCGAAUCAUGCAACAAGUCCCUGUUGUGCUAGACUGGAGUGCAUCAGCGGAUCUAUCCUGCGAUUACGCAAAGAAUUCAUCAACUAGUUAUGAACCAUAUGCUUGUCAGUCAAAUUCUCAAUGUAUUGAUAAUACUAAUAUGCUUGGAUAUAGGUGCAGAUGUCUUCCUGGUUAUGAGGGGAAUCCUUAUCUUGAACCCGGUUGCACAGACUUCAAUGAGUGUGCUGCUGGUCCGAAUAAUCCAUGUAUCAGUACCGCUGUUUGUGCCAACAACCCUGGGAGUUACAUAUGCUCUUGUCCUAGUGGAUAUUCCGGAGAUGGAAAAAAAUCUGGGUCUGGCUGUGUGAAGAAUAUAGAUACGAGCUCAUCAUCCCUCAAGAAAAUAACUCUUGGAUUAGGCAUAUCCUUGGGAGCAAUGCUACUUCUCCUUGUUGGUUGGUGGAUGUCUUCCGUCAUCAGAAAGCGAAGGAUUAAGAAGCAAAAGGCUACAAACUUUAAACGGAAUGGUGGGUUCUUGUUACAACAACAUAUGGCUACAGAUGAAAGUGCCGUGGCACGAAUCAAAAUCUAUACUUUUGAUGAGUUAGAAAGAGCCACUGAUCACUUCAAUGAGGAUAGAGUACUUGGAAAAGGAGGUCAAGGUAUUGUUUAUAAAGGAAUGUUGGGUGAGGGAAGAAUUGUAGCCAUAAAAUUGUGUAAAGUGAUUGAUGAAGAAAGUCAGCGUAUAGAUCUUAUUAAUGAAUUGGUGAUCGUAUCACAAAUCAAUCACAGGAAUAUAGUGAAGUUAUUAGGAUGUUGUUUAGAAAGUGAAUCCCCAUUACUCAUCUAUGAGUAUAUUCCGAAUGGAACUCUCUCUGACCAUCUUCAUUGUCCACGGGAUGAUUUUCAAAUCACUUGGAAAAUGCGCUUGCAAAUUGCUUCUGAUUCAGCCGGAGCACUUGCUUAUUUGCAUUCAUCAUCUUCCAUUCCUAUUUUUCAUAGAGACAUCAAAUCUUGCAACAUACUUUUGGAUGAUAGAUAUAGGGCAAAGAUAUCAGAUUUCGGGACUUCAAAAUCAAUUUCUAUUGAUCAAACCCAUGUAAGUACUCGUGUCAUGGGUACAUUUGGGUAUUUGGAUCCAGAGUACUUUCUAUUAGGCCAGUUUACUGAUAAAAGUGAUGUUUAUAGUUUUGGAGUGGUUCUUGUCGAGCUUUUAACAGGGCAAAAGGCAAUAAGAAGUGCAUUGAAGGAAGAUAGAAGUUUGACACAAUGGUUUCUAUCACAGAUGGAAAAUUGUCGUAUUGAAAACUCUCGCUUGCUUGAUAUUGUAGAUUCACAAGUCCUGCACGAGGGUUCCAAAGAAGAAUUUCUCAUCAUCGCUAAUAUAGCAAAGCGAUGUUUGAACCCUGACGGAAAAGGAAGACCGAUCAUGAAAGAAGUUCUUCUAGAGAUAGAAGCAGUUAUGUCACUUCAUUUACCCAAAGCAAAGGAAGAAGUAUGGCCAAAAUCAGAGCAAAUGGUGAUUGUAUCAACAGAUAGUGAUGGUUUUACAAGUUCUACUACUAGCACAUUUUACUUGGAAAAUAGCUCUUUAAGUUCUGCUGAAGCUUCUUUAUUAUUCAAUGCUACAUGACAUAAUUCUACACACUGAUGAAUCAUAUUUUUAUUCCUGCAAACUCGUAUCGUUCUUACCUUUCGGGUUGUAAUAGAUUAAGCUGUAUCAUUCUUUCAAUAAUUCACGCUCAACUACCUCUCAA